AUGGUCCAUCGGGAAUUCCACCCCGCGGCCAUCUUCUCCCAGAUCCCCGAGCAGGACGUGUCUUAUGCUGAGGACAGUUUCUGUGUGGGGGACGAGGAGGAGGAGGAGGCUCCCAGUGGCUGCAGCGAGGAGGAAGUGUGUGUGGAUUGGGAGCUGCUCCCCCGGGAGGGCUGCAGCAGCAGCAGCAGCAGGCAGUACCUGACCCGCCGCAGGAGGAGGCUGAGCCAGGCCCGGCGGGCAGGGAGCGCUCCUGCCCCGCCGCAGCAGAAGAAACCUUCCAGGAUCAUCGUCCUGAGUGACUCCAGCGAGGAGGAGACGGCAGGCAGCAGGGAGAGGCCCCUGGCAGCGGGGCAGGGCAAGGGGCAGCUCCCCGAGGCUCUGCCCUCAGCCCCCUCUGCGCAGCACAGGAGCGGGGCUGGGGAACAGGACACAGAGAGGCUGCUGGGCCUGGGAGCUUCGGUGUCUGGGGUGCUGGGUCCACCCCCAGAGCAGCCAGGCAGGAGCACAUCCGUGCCCCCAGCUGGCUGCAGGAGCACGGAUCUGCAGGCUGCUGCUGAGGUGCUCAGCUCUUUGAAGACCCACGGGAGCAGCUCAGGCUCGGCGUGUCCUGCUGUCCCAAACCCUUCAUCAGCCACGGCUCGGAUUUCCAGUGUUCCCGGGGAGCACAGCCCUUUCCCAGCUGGGAUCUCCCGUGUUCCCGGGGAGCACAGCCCUUUCCCAGCUGGGAUCUCCCGUGUUCCCUCUGAGCACAGCCCCUCCCCGGCUGGCAUCUCCCGUGUUCCCUCUGAGCACAGCCCCUCCCCGGCUGGGAUCUCCCGUGUUCCCGGGGAGCACAGCCCCUCCCCGGCUGGGAUCUCCCGUGUUCCCGGGGAGCACAGCCCUUUCCCAGCUGGGAUCUCCCGUGUUCCCGGGGAGCACAGCCCCUCUCUGGCUGGGAUCUCCCGUGUUCCCUCUGAGCACAGCCCCUCCCCGGCUGGGAUCUCCCGUGUUCCCGGGGAGCACAGCCCCUCCCCGGCUGGGAUCUCCCGUGUUCCCGGGGAGCACAGCCCUUUCCCAGCUGGGAUCUCCCGUGUUCCCGGGGAGCACAGCCCCUCCCUGGCUGGCAUCUCCCGUGUUCCCGGGGAGCACAGCUCUUUCCCAGCUGGCAUCUCCCGUGUUCCCGGGGAGCACAGCCCCUCGCUGUGCAUCCUGGCGGACAGCCGGGAGAUCUGCUCGGGGCCGGAGGUGCUCUCGUGCCUGCGGGCCGUGCACGGGCUCCGGGUGCAGGUCUGCUCCCUGGGCACCAGCGAUUACAUCGUCAGCAACCGCCUGGCCGUGGACAGGGUGCUCCAGUCGGAGCUGCAGAGCCCUGGGAACAGGAACAAACUCAGCCAGAGGCUGCAGCGCCUGCAGGGCAUCUUCGAGAGGAUCUGUGUGAUUGUGGAGACGGACAGGGUCAGGCCAGGAGAAACCUCCCGGUGUUUCCAGAGGACUCAGUACUACGAUGGAGUGCUCUCGGCCUUGGUCCAGGCUGGAAUAAGGAUCCUCUUCAGCUCCUGCCAGGGGGAAACUGCAGCUUUGCUGAAGGAGCUGGCUCUGCUGGAGCACAGGAAGGACGCUGCCAUCCAGGUGCCAACAGAGCCGGAGGGGCACCGGCGGGACCUCCUCAACUUCUACCUGAGCAUUCCCAACCUCAGCUACGGAGCUGCCCUCAACCUCUGCCACUCCUUCGGCUCCAUCGCAGCCGUGGCCAACAGCUCGGUCCCGGCGCUGGCGGCGGGGGCGCGGCUGAGCCGGCCCCAGGCCGAGGAGCUCCAUCGGUUCCUGCGCCACGACUUCGACCUGCAGCUGCUGCCUCAGGGGAAGAGCUGAGCGCGGCGCUCCGGGCCCUGCACUGCACUUUACCCGCUCGGGCUGGGAUGUAAAUGAUGUAAAUAAAUAAACACUCGUCAAAGCUCCGGGUGUGGCAGCUGCGCCGCCCCGGCUGGCACCGCCCCGGCUGGCAGCGCCCCGUGUGCCCCCAGGGUCCCCGGGCCGGGCGAGAGCAGAGCUUUGGGGGGGGCUGGGGGCGAUCAUCCCCGAUUCCUGUCGAAGCCACAGUAAUGGCUCGAGCACUCCGGCAAAGCUCUGGGAGGGACGGCGAGGAGCCCGGCAGCCGCUCCUGCCACGGCUGCAGCACCGAGCCCCGCGUGUCCAGGCUGAACGGGAACUGCGGGGCUCCGCGCUCCCGGGACAGCGCCGGGGCUCUGGGCGG